CUGGCAACCGACAAAGUUGUUAUUUUCACAUUGAGUGAAACAAAACCAAGGUGGCUGCUCGCUAGCGUUUGGUUUUCCAGAAGAAAAUAAUCGGAAAAUGGUACGCGAGUGUGUGGACGAGUCUUUUGGACCGAAAAAGAUGACCAAAAAGUCGAUUGUGGACUCGUGCAAGAAGAACAAGCUCUACAUCACCCCACACCUGAACGAUAUCCUCUAUUUGAACUACUCGGGAUACAACGCAAUCGAGUCGUUGGAAGAAUAUGUCGGAUUGAAGUGCUUGUGGUUGGAGUGCAAUGCCAUCUCGGAGAUCAAGGGGCUGGAAAAUCAAACGGAGUUGAAAUGUUUGUACCUGCAGAAUAAUCUCAUUACGAAAAUUGAAAACCUAGAGAGCUGUAAACAAUUGGAUACUUUGAACUUGUCCCACAACCACAUUACUAGAAUCGAGAAUUGUGGUCAUGACAUUCUUCCGGUGCUGAACACUUUCAACUUGUCGCACAACUAUUUGAAGACGGCAGACAACUUGGACCAUCUACGUCACUGCAACUUUGUAUCGGUAUUGGACCUGUCGCAUAACCGCAUCGAAGACAUUGCAAUCGUUAAGAUCUUGGGGGACAUGAAGGAGCUCCGCGUACUAACCAUGACUGGAAAUCCGGUGGUUAAUGAAAUUCCGUCCUAUCGAAAGACACUUAUAUUGGAAUGCAAAAAUUUGACUUAUUUGGAUACUCGCCCUGUGUUUGACCGAGAUCGAGCUUGUGCUGAAGCAUGGAAACGGGGUGGAUACGAAGAGGAGCGUAAAGAGCUUUUGCGUUGGAAGAAGGAGGAACAGAGAAAGAUACGUCGUAGCAUUAACGCCACUUUGAGGAUGCGACAUCGAGGCGAUGGAGAGCCUGAGCUGCUAAAAACCAGCAGUGAUGAAGAGGACGAAGGUAGAUCGCCUAAAGUUGACAAAGAAAUGAACUCAAUGUUGGAAAUUAAUCAAAAGACCAACGAACAAGCUUGGGCUGAAGUCGAGAAGAUGUUCUGCACUGCUCCAAGUGCCACAGGGACAUCAGGUAUUUUCCAAAGGUUUACUUCUAGUAGGGGUGGUGGAACUGAUAACGAUGCCGGCGAUGAGGUGAUUGAAGAACGAGAGGAAGAAGGCGAGAGUACUCUUGAAGAAAACAAUUUUGUACCGCUUAAAAAACUGAUCGAGGAAAUUCCCUCCGAUGAUGAGGAUGCUCUUGAGAACAUUAGAGAAAACUCAGAUGAAACCUGUUUAAAUACUCCGACGAGAAAGCUCAUAGAAGAGAUAGCAUCUAAUAACGAUCAAGACGAAUGCGACACAGAACCGUCAUCAUCUGAGUACCACGAGGCGUUGGAAAAACCAGCCGAAUGUUCGGUGAAGAUUCUGGAGUCGUUGUCAUCAACCACCGGAAGUCCAAACUAUGAAUCCCCUGUCUCCUCUAGAAGCUGUGACACCGAGCCCAAAACGUUGAUUGAAGAAAUUGAACCAUCUGAAGACGAUGACGAAGAAGAAGAAGAAGAGCAACACUCUGAAGAUAAGCCUGAAGUUUCAAAACCUCUCAGUAAGAACAUGGAAAGGGUAAUGUCCACUGAGAAGGAAGACGACACUCUGAAUGUGCUGAUCGAGAGCAACGAAGAAAUAUCAAUCAUCAUGGAGUCCAAAGAUGGAGAACUCAUCAGUAAAGUUGAGUCUCGGCCACCAUCGGUUGAGUGCAAGAAAUACAAGGUAGUUUCCCAGGAUGACUUGGAUAACUCGGAAUCAGAGCCAACGGACAUUACGAAUGUAGAUCAUGAAUGCAAAAGUAGCAGCGUUUCUGUCACUUCUAGCACAGAUUCAUCGGACAGCGAGGACAUGUUUGACAAAAUCGUCCCGAAUAAACACCCCAAACUGGCUACAAGCUAUCGCCGCGAUUCAACAACUUCUACGGACAGCGAGGAUGAACUGGAACUCGACUCGAAAAUUCCGAUUAACUUGGAGAAGGAGAAGUCUAUUGCACAAUGUAUUGACGAAUACAAGAAGUUCUUCAGGGCAGCUAAAGUGUUGGACACGGAUCCAGAAGAUGAGCCGAGCGGUAAAAUCGUUAGGCCUCAUACCGCCAAGUCUAAGCGAACAGAGCCAGUUGUCUACGAAGGCGUACUGCAAAAUAUGGAGAAGAACUCCAACGAGACGAAAAUUGAAGAAGCGAGGGCGGAGGCAAAGGAAUCCAAGGAAAAGGUCAUUGGUCGCCUGAUUGAGCAGCAGAGCAUGGUUGACAUGAACUUGGAGGAUCAGAAGAUCUCAAUCGGUGGACAGGAACAUGACUUCAAUGAAUACAGAUUGCAAGCUUUCAAGAAGGACCAGGAAAAGUUGCAAUGUCUGAUUGAUCGAGUCACCGCUCAGAAGGAUUUGUAUAACGCGCACAUUGACCAAAUUCAUGAUCAGCUGGCAAACAUCAUGGAGGAUUACGAUCAAAUUGGAUUGAAGCUCAAGAAAGUUGACGACUUACUCGAAAAUAUCAAAGAAGAGCCAAAAGUUUCAGAAGUACCGUUACCCGAAUCGGAAGAAGAAAUCCCUGAGGAACUGGAAGAGGAACAGUCAUCUGAACAUGAACAAGAACUCACAGAAAAUGACAACAUUGCACUGCAAAUUAUCGAGAAGAUCGUCGCUCAACCGGAGAAACCGGCUGACAAAGAACCGAAGUCCAACUCGGAUAACUCUUCGGAGUCGUCAUCCGCAGAAGAAGACUUUAUGGAUUUAAUUCGCCCGGACCAUAAUUUGCUUGAAAUUCUUUCUUCUCCAAAGCCUAUACCCAUUCUAGAUCCGGAGCUUGUUCCAGACGCAGCUAAUGAAUUUCAACGAGAUCCUGUUUAUCAAAAGUUCAUCGAGAUUCAAGAAGAAAUUGAUAAACUCACCGAAGACGAGCUGUACAACAUUGUUACGGAAGCAACAGAGGAGUUCUCUGAGGAAGCACACCCCCAACAGUGCUUGAACACUCAAGUCGAUCAAUAUUGGAAGCAAUACGACAACAUUGAAGAUUUCCGCAAGAACAUCAACGUGGAAUCACAUCCCAUCAUUCAAAAGUUCCGUCAGUUUAUCCGCUGUCACUGCGAGAAUGAAAACCCCGGUGAAGCAAACUCCACUAUCGAUAAUCUGGACAAGGUGUGUCGAAAGCUGGAGAGACGUCUUUCAAACCAGCUGUUCGAUGAGUACUUGGAGUUUAGUCGUAGGGUGAGUAUUGCUACGCUAGGAGGUGAAUCCAGCGCCAACGAAAUCGAGCUGAUUGAAGUUGACGAAGAGGAGAAGGAUGUUGGAGAGGAAAUUGUGGAGAAGGUUGCUGCUUCGAUUGAAGAAGAAGGGGAAGAAGGGGUUGCAGAGAAAGAGGUUAUGAACGAAAUCGUCGAGCAACGCGAAGAAAACGGUGAUGAUCCGAGUGUUGCUCAGGACAUGGAAGAUGUAGAAUCUAAGCCUGUGGAUAAUAAUGGGGCAGUUGACGAUGCUGAAGAAACUAAAGAUAUGGACAACUGUGAUUUUGAAUAGGUUAUUCAAGUGUUUAUUUUGUCACAAAGUAGCGCCUUAAUGUAAUAAAUGCACACGUUUUAUGAUGAA